AUGGACAUGAGCAAUAAUGUGACUGUCUUUAUUCUCUUGGGUCUUUCUCAGAACAAAAAUAUUGAACUUAGCUGCUUUGUGUUAUUUUUAUUCUGCUACAUUUGUAUUUGGAUCGGAAACUUGCUCAUCAUGAUUUCUGUCACAUGCAGUCAGUUGAUUCAACAACCCAUGUAUUUCUUCCUUAAUUACCUCUCACUGUCUGAUCUUUGCUAUACUUCCACUGUGACACCUAAACUAAUAAGGGAUUUACUGGCAGAAAGGAAGACCAUUUCCUAUAGAAACUGCAUGACACAGCUCUUUACCACACAUUUCUUUGGAGGCAUUGAGAUCUUCAUUCUCACGGGGAUGGCUUAUGACCGCUAUGUGGCCAUCUGUAAACCCCUGCAUUACACAGUGAUCAUGAGCAGACAGAGAUGCAAUCUAAUCAUCAUGGCCUGCUGCACUGGGGGAUUUAUACACUCAGCCAGCCAGUUUCUUCUCACCAUUUUUUUACCAUUCUGUGGCCCCAAUGAGCUGGAUCACUACUUCUGUGAUGUGUAUCCUUUGCUAAAAUUGGCCUGUUCCAACACUCAUAUCACUGGUCUCUUAGUGAUUGCUAACUCAGGCCUAAUUGCUUUGGUUACUUUUGUUGUCUUGUUGUUGUCUUAUUUUUUUAUAUUGUACAACAUCAGGGGAUAUUCUGUGGAGAGCCGCAGAAAAGCUCUUUCUACUUGCAGUUCUCAUAUAACUGUUGUAGUACUAUUUUUUGCACCUGCCUUGUUCAUUUACAUUCGUCCAGCUACAACUUUCCCAGAAGAUAAAGUGUUUGCUCUGUUUUAUACUAUCAUUGCUCCCAUGUUCAACCCUCUUAUCUAUACGUUGAGGAACACUGAGAUGAAGAGUGCCAUGAGGAAAGUAUGGUGUCACUAUACACUCUUGGGGAAAAAAUGA